AGGAGGGAGGGGAGGAGGGAAGGCGUCUACUCCAGUGAGUAGACAGCGGUGGGACACUCGGAGUGCCGGGCCUGGCUGACUGGCGGUGGAAUGCUGUAGCGGCCGAGAGUCGGCCAGAGGAAGCGGAGCCCAUCAGCUCGCCUCCCGAACCGGAGCGUCGGGCUGCUGAAGCCCCGCGGACCGUAGGGGGCCAAGCCCCGGCAUAGGCCCCGCGGAGAUGUCUAGCUGCGGCGUUUGUACUUGCGGCGCUGCGGCCGCCCGGCUUCUCACCACUUCGCUCGCCUCCGCGCAGAGAGGUAUUUCUUGUGGUCGAAUUCAGGUACCAGUUUUAGGAAGGUUGGGGACCUUUGACACUCAGAUUCUGCGAAGAGCUCCUCUUAGAACCUUUUCUGAAACACGAGCAUACUUUGCUUCAAAAGAUGGGACAAAUAAAGAUGGUUCUGGAGAUGGAAAUAAGAAAUCAGUGAGUGAAGGAAACAGUAAGAAGUCAAGCUCUGGGAAUUCUGGGAAAGGUGGAAACCAGUUGCGUUGUCCUAAAUGUGGUGACUUGUGCACACAUGUAGAGACCUUUGUGUCUUCCACCCGAUUUGUCAAGUGUGAAAAAUGUCAUCACUUUUUUGUUGUACUGUCAGAAGCAGACUCAAAGAAAAGCAUAAUUAAAGAACCAGAAUCAGCAGCAGAAGCUGUGAAAUUGGCAUUCCAGCAGAAACCACCUCCACCCCCCAAAAAGAUUUAUAAUUACCUCGACAAGUAUGUUGUUGGCCAGUCGUUUGCUAAGAAAGUGCUUUCAGUUGCCGUCUAUAAUCAUUAUAAGAGAAUAUAUAAUAAUAUCCCAGCUAAUCUGAGACAGCAAGCAGAGGUUGAGAAGCAGACAUCAUUAACACCUAGAGAGUUAGAAAUAAGAAGACGGGAGGAUGAGUACAGAUUUACAAAAUUGCUUCAAAUUGCUGGAAUUAGCCCACAUGGCAAUGCCUUAGGAGCAUCAAUGCAGCAACAGGUAAAUCAGCAAAUACCUCAGGAAAAACGAGGAGGUGAAGUAUUGGAUUCUUCUCAUGAUGACAUAAAACUUGAAAAAAGUAAUAUUUUGCUGCUUGGACCAACUGGGUCAGGUAAAACCCUGCUGGCACAAACUUUAGCUAAAUGCCUUGAUGUUCCUUUUGCUAUCUGUGACUGUACGACUUUGACUCAGGCUGGAUAUGUAGGUGAAGAUAUUGAAUCUGUGAUUGCCAAACUGCUCCAAGAUGCCAAUUAUAAUGUAGAAAAAGCACAACAAGGAAUUGUCUUUCUGGAUGAAGUAGAUAAGAUUGGCAGUGUGCCAGGCAUUCAUCAGUUACGGGAUGUAGGUGGAGAAGGCGUUCAGCAAGGCUUAUUAAAACUACUAGAAGGCACGAUAGUCAAUGUUCCAGAAAAGAAUUCUCGAAAGCUGCGUGGAGAAACAGUUCAAGUUGAUACAACAAAUAUCCUGUUUGUUGCAUCUGGUGCUUUUAAUGGCUUAGACAGAAUCAUCAGCAGGAGGAAAAAUGAAAAAUAUCUUGGAUUUGGAACACCAUCUAAUCUAGGAAAGGGCAGAAGAGCUGCAGCUGCUGCAGACCUUGCUAAUCGAAGUGGAGAAUCUAAUACUCAGCAAGAUAUUGAAGAAAAAGAUCGGUUACUACGUCAUGUGGAGGCCAGAGAUCUCAUUGAAUUUGGCAUGAUUCCUGAGUUUGUGGGACGGUUGCCUGUGGUGGUUCCUUUGCAUAGCCUUGAUGAGAAGACACUUGUACAAAUACUAACUGAGCCACGCAAUGCUGUUAUUCCUCAGUACCAGGCCUUAUUCAGCAUGGAUAAGUGUGAACUGAAUGUUACUGAUGAUGCUUUGAAAGCCAUAGCUAGAUUGGCACUAGAACGAAAAACAGGUGCAAGAGGCCUUCGCUCCAUAAUGGAAAAGUUGUUACUAGAACCAAUGUUCGAAGUUCCUAAUUCUGAUAUUGUGUGUGUGGAGGUUGACAAAGAAGUUGUAGAAGGCAAAAAGGAGCCAGGAUACAUUCGGGCUCCAUCGAAAGAGUCGUCUGAAGAGGAGUAUGACUCUGGGGUUGAGGAAGACGGAUGGCCUCGACAAGCAGAUGCUGCAAAUAGCUAGAUUGUCAGACUGCCUUGUAUAUACAGCUUUUCCUUCUUUUGUUUAGGGUCAUAACUGUUUCUGCAGUCUGACAUUAAAGGCAUUGAAUCUAUCUUGGAUAUACAUGGUCAGAAACCUUUAGGAUAAGAAUACAUCAUGUGCAUUGUUGUAACAUCACAUUGAUUUAUACAGAAGACAUUAUGUGGACUUUAAUGACACAAUGUUUAGAAAUUAAAAUGUACAUUAUUUUCGUUCUGUUUUUUAAAAAUAUGCUCUAACAAAAUUCUUAGGAAUUCUUUUAAAGUAAUGCAAGUGUUGCAGCUAACUGUGGAUUUUACAAUAAUGUUACUCUACAAAUGGGAAAAUAAAUUCUUUAAAGUUGA